AUGUUGUUGUCUCUGAAGAUACCGGUAUCACUAGAGAGUCGUCCGAUAGAGUAUGAUGAACUGUCGAGCUUUGUCAAUAUCCUUCCCUUUCUAUUGAAGCUUUGUCAAUAUCCUUCCCUUUUUAUCAAAUCUCUGUCAGUCUCCUUCCCUCUUUUUCUUGAACAUCCUUCAUUCUCCUUCCCCCUUUCUGCCAAACUGCCUUUAGUUUCCUUCCCCCUUUCUGCCAAACUGCCUUUAGUUUCCCUCUCCAUUUCCUCCAAACCUCCUUCAGUCUCCCUCCCCCUUUCCAUCAAACCUCCUUCAGUCUCCCUCCCCCUUUCCAUCAAACCUCCUUCAGUCUUCCUCCCCCUUUCCAUCAAACCUCCUUCAGUCUCCCUCCCCCUUUUCACCAAAUCUCCCUCAGUCUCCCUCUCCCUUUUCACCAAACCUCCUCUCUCCCACCCCCUUUCCACCAAACCUCAAUUAAUAUCUGAAGCUUAA